AUGGCGUCGAUACGACUUCCAUCAGCCUCCUUCCUGGACGCGUUUCUGCCUGUUGUGCGCGCGCGACUCCUGCCACAAGAAGACGCGACACAACGAUUACCAUUGGUUCAACAAAUACAGCAACUACGACUGAAAGCGAGCCUCAUACCUGCCGCAUUAGCACCGAUACCGACAAUACUGGGAGAGCUCUGGGAUGGCAUAUUGAAGGCAGUGCCGAAGAAGAAGACGAGUCACAUGAAGAAACGACACAGGCAGAUGGCAGGCAAAGCAUUGAAGGACGUCACCGCAUUGAACAAGUGCAGUGCAUGCGGGAGGCUGAAGAGAGCACAUAUACUGUGUCCAUACUGUGUGCAGAGCAUACGGCAAUGGUUCGGUAACGGCUUCAAGUCGAAGAAGGUAGUCGAGAUGGAGAAGGAAGAACAAUUCGCCAAGUGGAACGAAGAGCUUAGGUCAACAGGAAAGAGAGAGCUGAGAUGGGAAGAUCUGUAUGAUGAGAAGGACACCAAGAAGGAUGAGGCUAAGGCGUAA